AUGGAUUCUGGAAGUUACAGUCAGUCUGGGGGCCAGCAGAGCUAUUCCUCCUAUGGGAGUCAGAGCAGUCAGAGCUAUGGACAGACACAGCAGGGAUACUCUGGAUAUGGGCAGAGUGGAGACAACUCCUCCUAUGGACAGAACUAUGGCAGCUACCAUGGGAGCUAUGGACAGAACCAAACAGGCUAUGGACAAGACUCCCAGGGCUAUGAUGAUGAAUCUGGUUAUGAAAAUCAGAAUCAGAGCUCCUACAACCAGCAGUCUUAUGGCAGUCAUGGGCAGCAGAAAGGGUCCUCCAGAGGUGGAAGAGGCUCUUAUGAACAAAAGUCAAACUAUGGUCAGCACCAAAGCUCUUAUGACCAGCAGUCAAGCUAUGGACAGAACCAAGACUCUUAUGACCAGCAGUCAAGCUCCUAUGACCAGCAGUCGGGCUAUGGCCACCAAAGCUCCUAUGACCAGCAGUCAGGCUACGGCCACCAGGGCUCCUAUGACCAAAAGUCAGGCUAUAACCAGCACCAAAGCUCCUAUGGCCACUCCCAGCAGUCCUACCAGUCUCAGAAGGGAAGCUAUAGCCACGGCAGCCAAGAUGAUCGUCGUGAAAAGAGUAGGUAUGGAGAAGAUAAUAGAGGCUAUGGCGGGUCACAGGGAGGAGGUAGAGGGGGCUAUGACAUGGAUGGAAGAGGUCAUAUGUCUGGAUAUAGUGGUGGUGACCGUGGUGGCUUCAAAAAUUACGGUGGUCAGAGGGACUAUGGACCCAGAUCAGAUGCUGACUCAGAGUCUGACAACUCUGACAACAACACCAUCUUCGUGCAAGGACUUGGAGAGGAUGUUUCAACAGACCAGGUGGCAGACUAUUUCAAACAGAUUGGCAUCAUAAAGACCAACAAGAAGACUGGGAAGCCCAUGAUCAACCUUUACACAGAUAAGGACACUGGCAAACCAAAGGGAGAAGCCACAGUGUCCUUUGAUGACCCUCCCUCUGCCAAGGCAGCGAUUGACUGGUUUGAUGGAAAAGAAUUCAAUGGCAACGUUAUCAAAGUGUCUUUUGCCACCAGGAGGCCUGAGUUCAUGAGAGGAGGCGGAGGUGGUGGCCGUCGAGGUUCACGAGGUGGCUACGGAAGAGGUGGAGGCUUCCAGGGUAGAAGUGGGGAACCCAAAAAUGGUGAUUGGGUUUGUCCUAACCCGUCCUGCGCCAACAUGAACUUCGCUCGCAGGAACUCCUGCAACCAGUGUGGUGAGCCCAGACCGGAGGAUUCCCGUCCCUCAGGAGAUUUCCGUGGCAGAGGUGGCUAUGGAGGAGAAAGAGGCUACCGAGGGCGCGGCGGCAGAGGCGGCGACCGGGGAGGUGGCUAUGGGGGGAAGAUGGGAGGAAGAAAUGAUUUCAGGAACGACCAACGCAACAGACCAUACUGAAGACCACUGUGAAUUGUUUUGGUUUGUCUUCUUGAUGGUUUGAUAGUGAAAUUG